AUGGAGGUGUUGAACAGAUUAAAGCUGCUGGACGCGUAUCCAAAGAUCAACGAGGAUUUCUACAGCCGUACGCUGUCCGGGGGUAUCAUUACCCUCGUUUCAUCUGUCAUCAUGACGCUGCUGUUCGUCACCGAACUCCAGAUAUAUUUGAAGCCGUCAGUGGCAAACGAGCUGUCAGUGGACAUGUCAAGAGGGGAAACCAUGCGGAUCAAUCUGGAUGUGACCUUCCCACACCUGGGCUGCGCCAUUCUCAGCCUAGACGCCAUGGAUAUCAGCGGGGACCAGCACCUGGACGUGGUGCACAACGUGUACAAGCGGCGGCUGGACAAGAAUGGGCGGCCCAUAGAGUCACAGGGGACGAAGCACGAGGUGGGGGCGAAGCAUGAGCCGGUGAAGCUGAAGGAUAAGCACGGGAACGAGGUGGACGAGAAACAUGAGAACAUGUGCGCCAGCUGCUACGGUGCUGAGGAGCACGAGCACGACUGCUGCAACACGUGUGACGAAGUGAGGGAAGCGUAUCGCAAGAGAGGAUGGGCGUUUACCAACCCGGAUUCCAUCGAACAGUGCAAGAAGGAGGGCUUCACGGAAACGAUCAAGGCACAGGAGGGCGAGGGGUGCAACAUGUACGGCUUCCUGGAGGUGAACAAGGUGGCGGGGAACUUUCACUUUGCACCGGGGAAGAGCUUUCAGCAGGGAGGCUUGCACGUGCAUGACCUCAUGCCUUUCCAACACAUGACCUUCAAUGUGUCGCAUGUGAUCAACUCGCUUUCUUUCGGUGCCAAGUUCCCAGGCCUAGUCAACCCCUUGGAUGGGGUGAAAUGGAUACAGGAGAAGGAUCCCGGCAUGUAUCAGUACUUCAUCAAGAUCGUGCCAACCCUAUACACGGACGUUUCAAACCACACCAUUUCAACAAACCAGUUCUCAGUGACGGAGCACUUUCGGCCGUCAGAGAUGGGUCACAGCCUGCCAGGCGUCUUCUUCUUCUACGACCUAUCACCCAUCAAGGUUCGCUUCACGGAGCAGCACACAUCCUUCCUCCACUUCCUCACGAACGUCUGCGCAAUCAUAGGAGGAGUGUUCACUGUGACGGGGAUCAUAGAUGCCGUGGUUUACCAUGGGCACAAGGCUAUCAAGAAAAAAAUGGAAUUGGGAAAGCUCAGCUAA